CAUGAGGUGUGUGUUGAAGGCUGAGCAGGAAACUGGUUCUCCCUGUUUUCAGGCAUGUUGCUUUAACGUGGCCUAACGCAGUGGAGCGUGACAUUUCAGUCAUGUGUUUUCAGAUAUGAAGCUCUCCGUGUGGUGCUGGUUGAUUUUUUGGGGCUGGUUUGCCGUCGCCGAUGAUGACGAGAUCAAUCCUAUUAUUACUGAGGAGCAGUUGCUGUGGGUGGGCGGAGAGGCUGGGGAGGUGCACACAUACCGUAUUCCCCUGUUGAGCUUCACCCCACGUGGAUAUUUGGUGGCGUUUGCAGAGGCUCGAAAGACAUCCUCAGGAGACAUGGAGGCCAAAUUUAUAGCCAUACGACGCUCAACAGACAAAGGAGCUACAUGGUCUCCGACUACCUUCAUAGUGAACGAUGGGAUUCACACUGAUGGCACAAACUUAGGCUCUGUCGUUGUGGAUGAAGAAACAGGAUCCCUGAUGCUGAUCUACUCUCUGUGCUUUUACCGCUAUCAGUGCAGCCCUUCUAGCACCAUGUUAGUGGAGAGUCUGGAUGAUGGUCUGACCUGGAGCACUCCUCGCAAUCUCUCUGACCAACUCGGGGUCAAGAGCUUCAUCCCAGGGCCAGGAUUUGGCAUUCAGAAGCAGCAUCCACCUGCGAAGGGGCGUUUGGUGGUGUGUGGUCACGGCACUAUUGAGGGCGAUGGGGUUUUCUGUAUCCUGAGCGAUGAUCACGGGUGCACAUGGAGGAACGGAGGAUCGCUGAAGAGCAUCCCUUAUAACCAGCCCAAACAGAGCCAGGACUUCAACCCUGAUGAGUGUCAGCCGGUGGAGCUCCAGGACGGCAGCAUUGCAAUUAACGUGCGAAACCAGAACCGCUACCACUGCCUCUGCAGGAUAGUGGUGCGGAGCCUGGAUGGAGGAGAGACUCUGCCUGUGGAGGAGCUGACGUUUGACCACACGCUGGUGGAUCCUGUGGUGGCGGCUGGAGCUCUGCAGAAGGAAGGACUGCUGUUCUUCAGCAACCCAGCCAGCACCCAGAAGAGGGUGAAUCUGACUCUGCGCUGGUCUCUGACUGAUGGUAACUCAUGGGAAAAGAAGACUCUUCAGAUCUGGGAAGGGCCAAGUGGUUAUUCCUGUUUAACAUCUCUCAAAGAUGACAAGAAAUACAUAUUUGUCAUCUAUGAAAAAGGCCAUAAAGACUAUUGGGAGACCAUUUCUUUAGCAAAAAUCAGUAUAUAUGGUAGCCUGUAGAAGAAAACUUUCUGCACAGCUAUAGAACCCAACAAAACAAGCGUGUGAAUGUAGUGAAUUGCUCAUGAAGCAUUUCUGAAUUAAUUUGGGCCUUGAUAUGGCUUAGCUCUUCAUCAGGGGUUAAUUCACUAAUGAUGCAGAUCACACUUCUAAUUUGUCACUGUCAUAAGAUUUCUCAUCUAUAAGAGUCCCACAGCGGCACGGUGGUGUAGUGGUUAGCGCUGUCGCCUCACAGCAAGAAGGUCCUGGGUUCGAGCCCCGUGGCCGGCGAGGGCCUUUCUGUGCGGAGUUUGCAUGUUCUCCCCGUGUCCGCGUGGGUUUCCUCCGGGUGCUCCGGUUU